AUGUUCUUCGAAACAAAUCAACAGACUUCUUACCCUCCUACUACCAUUUACGACUUCGCAACAGAGAAAUCAAAAAUGAUGGCCACGGAUUGGGCAAUGCCUGUACAACAGUUCACGGCUUCUCCUUCUCAAUAUACUCUCUAUAAUGGCCAUCAAAUCUCUCCGACCAAUACCAUUCCACCCACUCCUAAUAGUGCUUCCCCCACCUCUCCCAGAACGGGAUUCAUCAACUAUCUACCAGCACAUACCCGACAACUGAGACCCCCUAAGUCCCCAUUAUAUGUGCCAGCAGUUUUGAGACCGACCGAUCCACCGAGGAGAAUGAUGAAGCACUCACCACUCACCCCACCUCAAAGUAUGCAUAGCAGCUUUGACGAUCUAGAUUCUGCGACAAUGUUGACAAGACGAUCAACGGGAGAUAGUGGAAAGUUUGGAUUGGGCGCAAUCACAGAAUCGGAAUGGAAUGUUGAGGGCCUGGGAAAGGUGACUGCAUUACCAACAAGAAAUCACUGGAAGCCCGAUGCCGAAUCCUCUAUCUGCGAUGAAACCACCUGCACAAAAUACUUCACCUACUUUACAAGACGCCAUCAUUGUCGACGCUGUGGAGACAUCUUUUGUGACCAACACUCCAGCUACUCAGUUCCUCUCGAUCAAGAUGCCAAAUAUCAUCCAAAGGGUACACAAAGUCGUUCCUGCGAACAUUGCUGGCACCAUUAUAGAAGUUGGUCCAUCGCACGAUCCAGUCGAUCCAACAGCGAAAGUUCCCAAGACGAACCUGGAACUCCCACCACUCCCAUUGUCAAUUGUGUCAAAGGUAGAGGAGUUGAUAAUCUCGCCGGACAACAAUUGACAGGUCCACCCGAGAGUCUUCCUGCCAGCGUUCCAAGAGAUUGGCACUGGAGCACCUUUUAA